CCUCUCAGUCCAGACUCUUUAAGCCUUUGGAUUUAUUUAUGUGAUGAAGGAUGUGCGCAUUGUUCACAGCUCUCACAGUUCUUGUCUCUGAACUGGGACUAUGAGUUAUUGGUUCCCUGAAUCUGCUGCUGUUUCAUAGACUUAGCUGACUUGGGAGAUACAGAUCCCAUUCAAUGCUUGCUAACAAGCAUGUGCAUGCAUACUCGGGUCGCCACUGUGCAGCUACAAACAAUGAUGCGGAGAAUAUUGCAAGUGUUUACACAUUCUGGACACGUUGCAGGCACUGUGGCCAGUGGUAUAAAUACUUGAGCAAAUAUAUGAAUACAGUUAUGUACUGUUCCAGUUGCCGGAAAUCUUAUGUCGCCUGCAACAUGAGGUGUGAUGGAGUGCCACCUAGUCGUUCAACUGCUGGUAGAAAGGAAUUUCAAUAUCAAGGGAUGUAUAAUACAUCUCGGCAAAAUGCUUCUACAGGAGCAGAAUCAGGCGGUUCAGCAGCUGAGAUGGGUAAGAAUGGGACAGCUGGAGAAAAACUCAACAAGAAGAAUCAAGAAAAACAGAAAAAAGGUGCUGCUAACAGGGAACCCAAGAAAGAUGAGGGUUGUACAGAGAAUGACGCUGAAGGAAGAACCCCCCAGAAUAGUGAGACAGCGACGAAUAAUUCUGCUGAAAUACCUAAGGCUGAUGUAUUGAAGCCGCAGCAUCAGGUAAAAAAACCACAUACUAGUGCAGCAAAGUCAAUACCUGAUUUAUCAGCUCCAAAGAAGAAUCAGACAGCCAAAAAGAAGAGAAAAGCUGUCGAGGAAUCCUCUAAGAGUUUUGAGGUUGAUAGCUCUGCUGGGGCUAAAACAGAUACAUAUGAAUAUAAUAAGAGGAAGUCAUCGAGGAAAAAGCCACAGGUUUUUUGCUCAAAGGGGGGAAGCGAUGGUGAUUUUGUCAGCCCUCCAAAUAAAAAGACAAAAUCAGCUUGUGAAUUUGAGUCUGAGUUUAAUACGAAGCAAACGGCUGAGGAUAAUCAGUCAUCUGAACUGGCUGAUUCUGGUGUUUCUUCUGCUUCUUCACAUGCUUAUAAAGGAAAGGCCAAGAAAAAUGAGCAUUCUGGAAAUGAAGACAUCUUGUCAUGCAAAAACAAAGUUUGUGAAGGCUGUGAUGGUAAUGGAGAAGAUGCAGCCUUGUUGAGCAAGAUUGGUAGAGUUGAAAAAGGAUACAAAGCUAAUGAAAAUCAUAAUCCGCUUGAUGUACCUGAUCUAGAGUUCAGUGUGUUUGAUGUUGAAUGGAAAAUAGAAGAUUUUGCUGUCAAUCAAGUGUGGUCUACUACAACUGAUUCUAGAGAUGGUAUGCCUAGGAAAUAUGCUCAGAUAAAGAAUGUGCUGAAUGGCGAGUUCAAGCUGCGGAUUACCUACCUUGAUCCUGUACUGGGUAAUAAUGAUGAAAGUAUUCCAGUUGCUUGUGGAAAGUUCAUAUAUGGGACAACAAAGGAAGUUGAGGACCGCUCAAUCUUUUCAGGUCAAAUGCAUAACUUGCAUUGCAACGAAAUUGUUUCCAUCUAUCCAAGGAAAGGGGAAAUAUGGGCUAUUUUCAGAGAAUGGAAUGCGGAAUGGAACACUAGUCUAAAAAAGCAUAAAUUACCAUAUAAGUAUGACUUUGUGGAAAUUGUCAGUGAUUUUCAUGAUCUUAACGGUGUUGGAGUGGCCUAUCUGGGAAAACUUAAAGGGUCUGUUCAGCUAUUUCACUGGGAGGCGCAGAAUGGAAUUUGCCAGAUUCAAUUUACUCCGAAAGAUAUGCUUAGAUUUUCUCACAAAGUACCAGCAGUCAAAAUUACUGGAAAAGAGAAAGAAUCUGUUCCACCUAACUCAUAUGAACUGGAUCCUGCUGCAUUACCAAAAGAUAUAUUUCAGUUUAGUGCGGUUGAUAUGGAGAUGGAUAGCGAGAUCAUGAAAGGUAAAGCGGACGGCCCUUAUCCCGAAGCUUACAAGGUUGGAUCAAAGGCCAAGCCAGUUCCAGAGACCGCACCAUCUCCAAGGAAACGUCGAAAAUCUGAUGAUGAUAAUGGUGUAUGCAGUAAUCUUGGGGAAGUCAUAGGCGGAAGCAACAGAAGCCAUAUUUUUUCUUCUUCUGAAGUUGAUGAAAAGAACACACCAACCAAGUCCAGAAAGGAUGCUGAGGCCACAGAUGUUUUCAAACUUCGAAAAUCUCCUCGUCUUCAAACAAUUCCAAGCCAACAAGGAGAUGAGAAGAAAUGUGUUAAACAAGGCAACAAGCUGAAUAUCCCAAAGAAAAUGGAUAAGGGUCUUGUGACAGAUUCUUUGGGAGUUGAUGAAAAGAACACACCAAACAAGUCCAGAAAGAAUGGUGAGGCCACAGAUGUUUUCAAACUUCGAAAAUCUCCUCGUCUUCAAACAAUUCCAAGCCAACACGGAGAUGAGAUGAAAAGUGCUAAACAAGGCAAUAAGAUGAAUACCCCAAAAAAAACUGAUAAGGGUCUUGUGACAGAUUCUUUGGGAGUCGGAAAAUCUCCCAAUGGCAUUCACCAACCAGCAGAGAGUCAGGAAGGAGAGAGCUCGAAGAAACAAGGAUGCAAUGGUGAAAUACCGUCUCUGUCCAAGCAGAAUGAUUUGCCAACUCAGUUGGGUGGUUCUAUGUAUGAGUCCCCUAAUACAACUCAUGUGUCACCAAAUUGCAAAACACCUCGAAGAAAUGCCUCUGACUUCAAGAACCUGAGAUCUGAAGACAAAUUCGGAAUUGAUCAGAUAUGGGCUAUUUAUAGAAAUGACAAUCGAAUGCCCUCAGAGUAUGUCAAGAUCAAGAAAAUUGAAACCAAGCCUAAGUUCGUGAUACGUGGAACCCCGACAGAGCUGUAUCCGCCAUCUACAGAACCCGUGACCCGCACAGUGUCUUGUGGGGAAUUCAAGUUGCUCAAAGGAAGACCCAAAAUCUUUCCUCAUGCGAGCUUCUCACAUCAGGUCAAACCCUUCGACAGUAGUAAGAAGUUUAUAGUCAAAGUAUACCCAAGGAAAGGUGACAUAUGGGCUCUGUAUAAGAACUGUGAUAGCACCGAAGAACCUGACAUUGUAGAAGUGGUGGAAGAUAACUGUGAUGGGGAGAUCGUAAAGGUGGUGGCUUUGACUGCUGUAGGCUCUAGUUCUGUAUACAAAUUUCAGAGGAAACAAGGGUCGAAUGUGGGUUUAAUAGACAUUCCAAAGGCAGAAAUGAGUAGAUUUUCUCAUCAGAUUCCGGCUAUCAGACAGCCCAAGAGGGCAACCAGGUUAGUUGAAGGAGGAUACUACUGGGAGCUUGACCCUAUAGCAAUUCCAAGCGCACCGUAGUCAUAGACUGAGCACAGUUCCACAAUCCGACUAGUAAGUAUGCAUCUGAUUUCUUUCUUCAGAAAUUAUGUGUAGAUAUGCAUAAUUAGUAGAAUGUAAUGGAAGUUUAAGUUGUGAGUGAAGAAAACAUUAUUUGCAGA